AUGUCUUCAUCUCAAACAAAGAAAACCCCAAGAACCAACAAAAAGAAAGCUUCAAACCUUCCAUCAUUAAAUCUUCCACCUCCAAACACUCAAUCACCAAACCUUCAAUCCUCAACCCUUCCAUCACCACCAUGUUAUCGACCAUUGUUUGAUCAACCUAUUCACUCUUCUUUCAAGAAACUCAAUUCUUUUUUCAACCUCAACCACAAAGUAAUUUUUAAUCCCAACCAUGCCGCAUACUCGACGAGACAAAUGAUUCUUCCGAUGAAAGCCCCGUUGAAGAUCUCAUUCAAGAUUCAUUUCAAGAGCCCUAAGUCGAACCACAAGAAGUACCACAAUCCCAAUUCACUUUACUCGAAAUGGAGGACCGUCAACCGAGUCGCAAUGGAGUUCAACGACAUCUACCUGAACACGAUCUGCAACCCCCAAAGUGGCGCAACUGAGGUGGAUGUCAUGGCUAAAGUCCGUCAGAUUUACAAGGCGAAAGUCGGAAUAACUUUUUCCAAUGAGUCGUUUUGGGGAGUUAUGAAGAGCAAUCGAAAAUGUCUAAAUCUAAAAAGUCACGAUGAUUAUGCGGGGAUGUCUAAACGAAGCAAAACUUCGGAGUCAACCCAUAUUCAAUAUUCUUAUGAGUGUAUCGAAGGGAUUGACUUUAAUAAUGAUAAGUCAUAUGAAGCUCCAACUUGUCAUAUCUCCUAUGGGAUGAGACAAAGCAAAAAAGAAAGCUCAAAGGUGCUCAAAUCUCAUCGACUGAAGUGGAGGAUAUCUGAAGGUUGGAUAAUAAGCUUGAUGCUUUCUUGGAAAUGGGAAAAGAAAAAAGAAAGAAACGUGUAUUGA